GAGGAUUUGCGGUCUGCUGGGUCCCGUUGUCCCUAAGCUGUUCCUGAUGAAGUCACAGCCUUUCAAAGCCGGGGGUGAAGAGAAGCAGCUCCAAGGACAUGGGAAAUCGCUACAAGUCCUCUCUGCUCUUCAGUGUCUCUUGCCUGGUUGUCCUCACACAGCUGCUUACCUGGGUGACCACAAAGCAGUUCCGGGUCUUUGGUCCCUCAGACCCCAUUGUGGUUGCACCAGGUGGGGAAGCUGUCCUUCCCUGCUCUGUGUUUCCAGCCAUGAAUGUGGAGAACAUGGACGAGCUGAGGUGGUUCCGUGACAGAUUCUCAGAAGCAGUACUUGUCUACCGGAACCAAGAGGAGCAGAAGGAAGGGCAGAUCGUUGCAUAUUCACGCCGCAUCUCCCUGGUGAAGGACCAGUUCCAUCAAGGCAAGGCUGCUAUCAGGAUCCAAAAUGUCCAGCCAUCAGAUAGUGGGAUAUACGUCUGCCACUUCAAACAGGGACUGUUCUAUGAAGAGGCCAUCUUGGAACUGAAGGUGGCAGCGAUGGGCUCUGUCCCUGAAGUGCACAUCAAAGGUCCAGAAGAUGGUGGAGUGUGUGUUGUGUGCAUGACUUCAGGGUGGUACCCGGAGCCUCAGGUGCAUUGGAGAGACUCCAGAGGAGAGAAUCUCCCAGCAUUCUCUGAGAUCCACACUAAAGAUGCUGGAGGACUGUUCAGCACAGAGACCUCGCUGGUGGUGAGAGACAGCUCUGUGGGGAAUGUGACCUGCUCCACCUUCAAUCCCAUCCUGGGUCAGGAGAAAGCCACGCCCAUGUUCAUCCCAGAGCCCUUCUUCCCUCAGGCCUGUCACUGGAAGACAGCUUUCUUCGUGACCCUGACCAUGACGGGACUUCUAGUCUUAGGGACAAGCUAUCUUCUCAAAAGAGAACAUUCUGCAAGGUUGGAGGUGCAGCUGGAAUGGGGGAACCUUCAGCGUGAGAAGGAUGCGUUACAGAAGACAAAGGCAGAUGCUCUGAGGACUACUAGCGCACUCAAGGAGGAGCUUGAUCAGAGGAAAGCAGCCUACAGUGCAGCCUGGAGGAAGGCCCAGCUGUAUGCAGAUUGGCGCAAGGAGCAUUUCCAGGCCUGGACUGUCACUCUGGAUCCAGCCUCUGCCCACCCCAUCCUUGACGUCUCCCAGGACCGGAUGAGAGUGACCCGGAAGGACACCACUAUGUGCUUGGAUGACCUCUUCUGUGUGUUAGGCAUCGAGGGCGUGCCUUCUGGAAGAUGUUACUGGGAGGUGAAGCUAAGGAACGGCGACAGCAGCAAGUGGACUUUGGGGGUCUGUAGGGAAGGUGUGGACAGGAAAGGCUAUUUCUCAGAGUGUCCAGAUAAGGGGUUUUGGACUGUGGGGCAGUCUAGUAGUGGAUAUUGGGCCUAUAUUGACUCUGGGAGGGCUUCAUUAUCCAUCAGGCAAGCUCUGCAGAGUGUGGGUGUGUUUGUGGACUACACCGAAGGUGACAUCUCCUUCUAUAACAUGAGUGACAUGUCCCACAUUUUCUCCUUCCAUGAGGAUCCCUUCUCUGGGACUCUUUUUCCAUACUUCAGGCUUAAGUCUGGAAAUGUUUCAAUGACUAUCAGCUCCAUGGCAAGUGUGUCUGAGAGGGAGGAGGGAGGAGAGGGGAGGAAAGGUAGGAAAAGAAGUAGGAAGGGGAGGAAGGGGAGGAGGGCAAAGAGAGGGAAGAACUCAGCUUUGCAUCCGCUGAAGGAGUCUCCGAGGCCGGCAGUGGAGGGCCUGGUUCCAGGCUCUUGUGUUGUGGACUCUCUCCCAGGGGAAGACUCUCCUUUCCUCCAGCGUGCCAGGGACAUUCUGCUCCCAUAGUGUGCAUCACCGCCUAAGUCUUCAGUGUGACUCCUUGUGGGAGUGUAGAAGCCACAGGCCAAAGCCCCCACGAGUGCUGGAAGGGCCUGGAGCCUCACCCACUGCUCCUCAGUCUGACUCUGAGGCUGUGGCUGUGGCUGCAGCGAGGCCAUGCUGUGUGUCAGGUGGUGGAGGAUAAGCCCUGACUGUUGUUUCAGCGGGGGUCACUCAGGCUGGGAUGAGCGGGGAAGGCAUUUUCCUGCUGGUGUUAAGUGCCAUUUUAUUGGGUUUUGGACAGUUGUCAAGCAGCAGACCGAGGGCCGCGUGGACAUUGUUUCAAUUUGUACAUCUGGCCUUGGGCUCCUCGGGUCUGAUCUGUGUCUCGGCCCUGUGACCAAUGCUGUAGUGAAUAUGGGGGAGCAGAUGUCUGACCCACGACUUCCUGACUUCUACCUUUG